UGCUCUCUAUCCCUGCCCCCGCGGAACACGCGUGUUUCAUGGUGAUACGUUAUUCGUGACGGUUUUUUCUUUCUUCGUAAUGAAUUGUUCGUUUCAUGUUUUCAGAUUCCAGACUCAGACAAGGAUGGACCUCGAAAUCGGUAAUUUCCUGGCGGACAAUGGAAUCCACCUGGAGCCGGUGAGCGAGGAGACGGUACGCCGCCUGCGGGACCAGCUACAGGCCGCCACCGCCCGGCUGACGGCCAGCGCGCUCGAGCUCACUCAGUGGUACACGGUGCCGUUCGUCGAGGCACUGGAGCUGGUGCGCGCGCGCCGCGUGUUGCUCGCCGCCGGCCAGGCGUAUAUCCCGGCGCACGACCUGGGCUCCAUCGUGGCCGCCAAGUUCCGCCACCACCUGCAGCACGCGCUGGCGAUGGCGCGCCGCCUCUUGCCGGUGGUGGAGGAGGACGCCCGGCUCAAGACGAUGCUGAACGACUUCGACAAGCGCUACACGGGCCGCGACUACUCGGCGGCCAAGACCGACGAGAACGCCGUCACGCCCGACAUGCUGGACGAGCUGUCCAGCCAGUCGUUCCCGCCCUGCAUGCGCCAGCUGCACGAGCGACUCCGCGCCAACCACAAGCUCCUCCACGGCGGCCGCAUGCAGUACGGCCUCUUCCUGAAGGCGAUCGGGCUCUCGCUCGACAACGCCAUCGCCUUCUGGCGCGAGGAGUUCACCAAGAUCAUGGACUCGGAUAAGUUCCACAAGCAGUAUCUGUACAACAUCCGGCACAACUACGGCCAGGAGGGAAAGCGGACCUCCUACAGCGCGCACCCGUGCAGCAAGAUCCUGGCGGCCGGCUCCAAUGACUCCGGCUGCCCUUUCAAACACUACGACAAAGACCACAUGGGCAAGAUGCUCAGGGCAUACGGAAUCGACAAGGAGGGCUCGGCGGAGGUGCAGGAGCUGGCAGCCCGCUCGCAGCCGCAGCUCGCCUGUCAGAAAUACUGGGAGCUCGUGCACCGGCGCCCGUUCGAGGGCGUCGUGCAGCACCCGAACCAGUACUACGAGGAGAGCAGGAAAGCGCUGACCGGAUCGCGAACCAAGACCGACCGAGGCCUGGACCGGAUCGCGUCAUCCGCGCCAACGUGCCGGCGACGCCGGCCGCCCCGACCGCGCGAGUGA